GCCUAUCUAAAGAAAGAUAGAACUGGAUCUAAGUGAACCCUAAUUUUCUCCGACGAAACCAUGCCGAGAAAAUCCGCCGUCGGUGGCACAUGCGUCUUCUGGGAUGUCGAGUGUUGCCCAAUCCCUGGAGGUGUGGAUCCUGAUUCGAUUUGUAAGAAAAUCAAAUCCGCUGUUGCUAAGAAGGGUAAUUGUGGUGGUAAGGUGUCAAUCAGGGCUUAUAAUAAAACUAUCCAGGAAAGCGACUCUCUCUGCUAUGCCGGAGUCAGACUCGUAAACGAAGAGUCAGGUUCGAUAGUGGAUAAAAUGCAAAAAGACAUUCUUUUCUGGGCACUGGAAAAUCGUCCGAAACCUAAUGCUAAAAACCAUGACCGACCAAAUUUGGUGGUAAUCGCAGAAAGCGUCUCACAAGAAUCGGAUUUUGGCAGAACGCUUCUUUAUUUGAAAUUGAGAAAUUACAAUGUUAUCGCAGCACUGCCUAAGGAGGACAAUGUCGCAUGUCCAUAUGCAAGCUCGGCAUGCCUUUGGACCAGCUUAUUUGAUUCAGGAAAACCUAUCUACCAAAGCGGAUCGGCUCACUGAAAUGUUGUGAUAAGGCUUUGGUUUUGUGUUUCAUAUUUGUCCUGUUAAACGCUGUUUUUCUGUGAAAAGGCUUUGGCUUUGUGUAUCAAAACAUUCUUCUUUCUUUGUUUAAAUAAAAUAUGUUAAAGUUUAUGGAGA